GUGGAGUCAGCAAAAGGGAGCGGGAUGGGAGGUCUGCAUCUCCACCAAUGGAGAGAGGCGCAUGCAUGACCUUUGUGUGGAUUUCUGUGUCUGCAGUCAGCCCACCCAUGGGAGAGGGCGGAGAGGGGAUGGGCUCAGAGGGCAUCGGCGGGGCGGGCGGAAGGGAAGAGAGAGCGGGCAGUCCUCAGCCGGACUUUGGUCCGCCCAGGUACCCACCACACUCCGGCUGAGGACGGCGUAUUUCAGCCAUCAGCCUCGCAGCCAGGGGCGGCCAUCCCAUGGUAAAAGGUGGACUGUGGCAAACACGCCACAAACACGCCAUGGGGUUUGACGGCGAUGGCUUCGAGAAGGGAAAGGGCCAACAUCACGAAGGCCACUGAGGACUACGAGUGGCUCGAGGUGGCCGACAUCGCGCAGCACUCAGAGAGGCUCGAAAACCCGUGCGUUGAGUUGGGAGGGGUAAGCAAGCAGACAGAGGAGAAGGGGCGAGACAAGUGACGUUAUCUUUUUGUCUGUUUCUCUGUGUAUGUGCGUGUAGAUUAAGGGGGAGUCGGUGGCCGAGAGGGUCGACCUUCUUACGACCCACUUGGAGCGGGAGCGGGGGGCGGUGGUGGCCAUGUUGCUGCGUGAGAGGGCGGUGUUCGAGGCCGGACAACAGCCGAUGGAUCACUUUGUGGCCAUCAAACCCCAGCCUGACCCAAGCGGAGUCCCACUGACGUCACGGGCCACGCUUCAUCCGUGCGGCAGAGACACGGGAAGAGAGGGACAUCGCUACCUACAUUUUAUAUCCGGAUGGAGAGAUAAGACAGAGACACACGCCAAAUGGGCACACACACAGAGAGAUCGAAGUGGAUGCAUGCUGUUGAUGGACUUACUUAUAGUAUAUGGCACCGACAUGCAUGGAUGAGUGGUGUCGGCUGAAUAAGGAACGUGAUUUGAAGCGGAACCAACACAAAUACAGCACCAGCACGCCGCGAGGAGGGGAAGCGAGCAGCUUUGACACCAUAGCAACGGUAUGUGGCACAUGUUGCACAAUCGCUUAUAGUCAUUUGUGCUGUGUGUUGCUGUGUGUAUGCUGUGGACAGGCAAGCCUGAAUACGGUUUAUGUAUGUACGUUGCAUUCAUUUGCCAUGGAUGUAUGUGUGUCUGUGCCGGCUGG